GAAUUUUCCAAAAAUUUCAAAGCCCACUUCAAUGAGGCACCCACACGGAAACCUUUAGUAAAAGGCGAAAGGUUUAUACGUUCUGCGAGUACCUCGUGGGAAGAUAGAGUUUAUAAAAAGGAUUUUCAUCGUAUAUUUAUAAUGAUUUCAAAUUUAGUUGAAUUAUGGGAUUCACAAAAUUGUUAA